AUGAGUGCCGAUAACUCGUCGACACCAGUGGAUCCUAAACCUAUUCGUCGGCUUGAACAAUCGCUCGUCAAUCGCAUAGCGGCCGGGGAGAUAAUACACCGCCCAGCUUCAGCGCUCAAAGAGCUCUUGGAAAACAGUUUGGAUGCCGGCACAACAUCUAUACGCGUCACAGUCAAAGAUGGUGGCCUCAAGCUCAUGCAGAUCCAAGAUAACGGUUGUGGUAUAAAGAAAGGCGAUCUCCCUAUUCUUGCCCAGCGUUUUACUACAUCGAAGCUCGCUACGUUCUCAGAUUUGUCUCAUUUGACGACCUACGGCUUUCGCGGAGAAGCCCUGGCUUCCAUCUCUCACAUCGCCAACCUGACUGUGACGACCAAGACAAAGAAAGACUCCUGUGCUUGGAAAGCCUGUUACAUCGACGGAGAAUUGGUCUCCGCUAAAGACGGACAAUCGCCUGAGCCAAAACCUUGUGCGGGUAACGAUGGCACUACGAUUUUGGUGGAGAACCUCUUCUACAAUACACCUACCCGUCUUUCUGCCUUACGAAGCUCAUCCGAGGAGUAUGCUCGUAUUCUUGACGUUGUAACCAAGUACGCCGUACACAACCCAUUGGUGGCCUUCGUCUGCAAGAAGGCAGGAUCCCCAUCGCCCGACCUUACCACACCUUCAGCAUCUACGACUCCCACAGCCAUCCGCUUGCUCUACGGCCAAGCUAUUGGCAAAGAGCUCAUGUACAUCCAUGUGACGCCUCCAUCUGAAAAGAAGGGCAAGAGAAAAAGACCAAGCAAGGACGAAGACGACGACAUCGAGAAGGAAGAAGAGACUGAACGCGAGAAUGCAUGGGAGGCGGAGGUGCAUUGCACCAAUGUCAACUAUCAUGCAAAACAGAUGAUCUUCAUCUUGUUCAUCAACCACCGACUCGUGGAAUCGUCAAGGAUUAAACGGGCAAUUGAGGCUGUGUAUACCAGCAUUCUUCCGAAAGGUUCCUCGCCAUUCGUUUAUCUCAGUUUACUUCUAGAUCCCACGACUGUGGACGUCAACGUCCACCCGACCAAGCGUGAAGUACAUUUCCUAAAUGAAGAGACUAUCACAGAACAUGUCUGCGACGCAAUUCACAAUAAACUGGCCGCCAUAGGAGAGAGGACGUAUGAAUACCAGACCUUACUCACCGGAGGACUUGUAGACUCCGACAAAGACAAGCAGUCCAAAGGGAAGUCCAAAGUUCGAUCACCGGAAGAUCAGAACGUUGCCAACGCCGAAGUCCUAAAUAGCGAUGCAGAGGAAGACAAUAACGGCCCUGGCGCCGUUCAAGUAUCUGCUCCAGCUCCGAAAAUGCCGAGGAAGAAAACCUCAUCACAACACAAAGUACGAACAUCUGUUGCUGAUCGGACUUUAGAUUCGAUGUUCCCCGUCUUGCAUCCAUCGACAUCGCAAGGAAACCCUGUUCAAUCACUAGCUGGUCAUAGCUCGCCCACUGAUGUGAAGGCCACUGAUCCGGAUGUGCCAUCUUCGAGCCAACGUCCUGGUAAAGAAAGGUCGAAACUCAUACCAGAGAGCAUAUGCAAUCUACUUAGCGUUCAAGAAUUACGACGAGCUGUGGCGAGCCGGAAGCAUCAACAACUCUCUGAGAUUCUAGAAAAACACACAUUUGUCGGGGUAGUGGAUCUCGAACAGGAGCUUAGCCUUGUCCAGUUCAGCACACAGCUGUACCUCGUCGAUCACGGUGCUUUGGCGGAAGAGCUAUUUUAUCAGCUGGGUCUACGACAAUUUGGCGAUAUGCCCCGGUUGAAGCUGGACCCACCAGCUCCAUUGCGCCUCCUGCUUUCUACAGCGGUGGAGACCGAAGAAAGCACAAAGGGUACACAGCUAACAACGUCUGAGAUUGUCGAUGUUAUAGAGGAGACGCUCAUGCAACGUCGAGAGAUGCUACUGGAGUACUUUUCCAUAGUCAUCACGGACGAAGGGAUGAUCGAAACGCUCCCAAUGCUACUCAAAGACUAUUCUCCGAACCUAGACAAGCUACCGUUGUUCCUCAUGCGUCUUGGUCCACAGGUUGACUGGACCUCGGAGAAAGGCUGUUUCGAUACCUUCCUUCGCGAGCUGGCUUACUUCUACACACCUGGUCCAACGCUCUCCCCCUCUGACGUCGCUGUUGACGACGAGAAACUGCUCAAGCCAAAAGAGGUCCAAGCAGAGAGGUGGCAAAUCCAGCACACGCUCUUCCCUGCUAUGCGUCGAUAUCUCUCCGCCCCGAAGUCCUUGCUGGCCCGGGACGUCGUGCAAGUAGCAGAUUUGCCCAACUUGUACAAGAUCUUCGAGCGAUGCUAG